AGGGGUUAGGAGGCUUAAACCCUUAAAACUACAGCGAAUCCCUUGUAAAUGCAUGGUGAGAGAAACCCUCCACUCCUUCGCUCACCUGCGAAGGGCCUCAAAGUUUCCAACUCCUUUUACCUGCAACAAGCUUCUCCACCGCCUCACCAGCUCCAACUGUGGUGAACUUUCACUUAAAAUCCUCUCCCACUUGCUUUCCAAAGGGUAUGUUCCUCACCCAUCUUCCUUCAAUUCCGUUCUCUCUUUUCUCUGCAAGUUGGGUCACUUUAGUUUCGCUGAAAAUGUCGUAAAUUCAAUGCCCAGAUUCGGGUCUGUGCCGGAUGUUGUCACUUACAAUACAUUGAUUGAUGGGUACUGUAAGAAUUCUGAUAUCGAACAAGCUUGCUUCAGUGUGAAUAGGAUGUGUUUAGGCCAGUGUAGACCUGAUUUGGUUACUUUCAAUAUAAUGUUUAAUACAUUUUCUAAGCUGAAAAUGGAGAAAGAAUUUUUUGUGUACAUGGGUUUGAUGUGGAAAUGUUGUUUGCCUAAUGUGGUUACUUACAGUACUUGGGUUGAUAUGUUCUGUAAAAAAGGGGAUUUUGGUAUGGGUUCUAAAGUGUUUGAUGAAAUGGUGAGUGUUGGGGUGUCCCCUAAUUUUGUUGCUUUUACUUCUUUGAUUGAUGGCUAUUGUAAGGGUGGAAAGGUGGAUGUUGCUCUUAAGCUGUUUGUGGAAAUGAAAGGAUUCUCAGUUCUGCCUAAUGUUGUUACUUACACUGCACUAAUUGAUGGCCUUUGCAAACAAGGAAAGUUGGAAAAAGCAGAGUCAUUGUUUUCUAAGAUGUUGGAAGAUGGGGUUAAGCCUAACUCAGCUGUUUACACUUCAAUAAUAGACGGGUAUUUCACAGAAGGGAACACGGAUGUUGCCAUGAAGUAUAUAAAUAAAAUGCGGGGUCAAUGUAUUAGGCUUGAUAUCACCACCUAUGAGGUAAUAAUAUGGGGAUUUUGUAAGAACGGUAUGUUAGAUAAAGUAUCCGAGGUUCUGAGAACUAUGGUUGAGAGUGGACUGUCUCCAGAUAAGAUCAUGUUAACGACCAUUAUGGACGCACAUUUCAAAGCUGGCAAUUUAAAGGCUGCUUUGGAGGUGUACCAAGACUUAUUGGUCAGGGGUUUUGAACCGGACACUGUAACUCUUUCAACGUUAAUGGAUGGGUUAUGCAAGCACGGGCAUCUUCAGGACGCUAGAGGGUAUUUUUUCCCGGAAAAAGCCAAUGAAAUCUCAUAUACAGUGCUUAUUGAUGGGAUGUGCAAAGAAGGGCAGCUGGGGGAAGUUGAGACAGUUGCCAGGGAGAUGUUAGAGGCAGGGUUUGUUCCAGACAAGUAUGUGUACACUUCUUGGAUUGCUGGGCUUUGCAAACAGGGAAAAUUAGUAGAGGCUUUUAUGCUUAAGAAUAAAAUGGUCCAGGAAGGUGUUGAACCUGAUUUGUUCACUUAUAGCUCCUUAAUUUUUGGUUUAGCGAACAAGGGGCUAAUGAUUGAGGCAAAACAGGUUUUUGAUGAUAUGUUAAAACGGAAAGUCUCUCCUGACAAGGCUGUCUACGAUAUUCUGAUUAGAGGUUAUCGUAGGGAGGAAAAUGAAGCUGCUGUUUUGGGUUUGUACGAUGAAAUGAGAAAGAAAGGACUUUGAUUUCAAAUAAUGUGCCUUUUACCAAGAGCCGUGUGUGGAUUCCAUCACAUACUGGUACCAAGCGGUUCUGACAAAGAAUGAGUAGGCUGUGAUCUGAGAUAACUCUCAGACUAUUGGGCUGGCAAUGAAUUUCAGGAUGGAAAUAUUUUGCUUGAUCAGAGAUGGAAUUUUUCUGCUCAAAGGACUCAACAAGUCAUGGAUUCCCAACAAUGGCUUCUAUUGCAGCUCAGCUUCCCACCGAAGCUAUUACUGGAAGGGUUCAUGCUGCUCAGGAGAAUGAUCAUAUGCCUCCAAUUGAAGCUGUUCUUGCCCUUAUGCAGGCCGUGCUUUUAGCUUGCCCGACAAGAGGCAGAUUGCAAAGCCUUGGAUUGUCUUACAAAACCAAAGGGAAGCAGCUUUACUUGAAAGCUGAGAGGUCUGUUUUGGUUGGCUUUGCAAAACCUCCAUGAUCAAUGAUCUUCAAAAUAGAAACCAAGAGUGGAUGAGCAAAUAGAAACUUAUCAGUGGGGAAAAUGCUGUAACUUAGGGACAAGCUAGCAAUAACUGAGAGAAAACUGCCAAUGAGCUCGGUUAAAAGUAAUAUAUUGGCUUAAAAAUAUCAUUUCUUUUUGUGAUAUUUGUUUUGAAUGUUAGAUUUGAGUAAAGCAUUGAUUUUCUACUCAAUGAAGACUGUGUAAAUUAAGUAAUCACGUAUGGACUAUAUAUAAUCAUUUGUUUACAUAAAUCCAAGAAAAUGUAUUGUUUCGACAGGUUUACCUAAAAAGCAAACACCAUCUACAUGAAAAUUUGAAAUCUUAGCAUGAAUCAGCCCCUACAUUGAUUAAAACAAUCUCUAAU